AAAAUUGGCGGCAAUAAAGACUAAAAACUGGCGCCAAAACUGAUUACACUAAUUCUUACUUAACCUUAUCAAUCAAAAAUCUGCUCAUUCUUCACAACUCACACCAUAAGAAAAAUGAUCCGCCGGAAAAGUUCUUGGUCGGACUUACCAUCAGAGCUUCUUUCAGCCAUUGCCAGGCGCCUCGAAACACGAACCGAUCUCUGCAAGUUCCGAGCAGUAUGUUCGAAAUGGCGGCGAUCAGCCCCGAAUUCUCUUCUCCUUCACAAAAACCUUUUAUCCCCUCUUUUACCCCACAAAAUCUCAACCCUCACUCCUCCCCUUCUAGACAAGAACAGAUCAAGUCAUAUGUCGUCGGAAAUUCCUGGAAAAUCUUUAAUCACAGUACCAUGCUCUGUUUUUCUCCUUCGGCCGUCUCGAAAUCUGAAGGCCUCACCUUGGUUAAUUACUGUUGAGGAGUUAAACCCAGGUAAAUUCUACCUUAGGAAACCUCUUUCUCGGAUUAACAUCAAAUAUUUGCCUGAAAAUUUCCCAAAGGUUUUGCAAUUAUCUGAUUUGAAAGUGAUUGAACUUGGGAAAUUCUGUACUUUACGGUCAGCAGAUAGACCUUUGGACAUGUUUGAGAGCCGAUGUUUAAGGAACAAAGUGGUUUUAUUUGUGGAUCCGAAACAUAAAAACAAUCCUACAAUUGAUAAUUGUACUGCUAUGGUAUUGUAUGGUAAUGGGACUUUAUCCGCAAUUAGGCUGAACAACGAGGAAGAAAAAUAUCUGAAUACCAAAGGAAGGAAUUUUGAUGAUAUCCUCAACUUCAAUGGAAGGGUAUAUGCUAUUGAUCUUCGCGGAAGAUUGUAUCGAACGGGUUAUGAUCUGUUAUCGAUGUUGGAGAUUGUAGGGGAGCCAAUAGGUUUGACAACUGAUAAAAAGAAAUGUCUGGUAGAAUUGUUAGGUGAACUCUAUGUUGUUGUUUAUAGAUGUCAGAGGUCUGGAAACCGAUCACCUAUCAGUUUCGAGGUGUAUAGAUUGCAAGAAGAGGAGGAGGAAUGGGAAAUGGUCGAAGAUAUAUGUGAUCGUAUACUAUUUGUAACGUUGGAUGGCUGCUUCUUUGCCAACAAAAAUUAUUUUCCUGGUUGUAGAGGUAAUUCGAUUGUGUACUAUAAAAAAACCUUCCCUCAAUAUACGGGUGCUACUGGUAGUUUUGAUAUUGGUAUUUUCCAUUUUGAUGAUGGGCGUGUAAUUAAUGUAUAUGGAUGGCCUAUAGCGCCUUCUCCUCGAUAUUCUGAGGUGUUCUGGCCACCCCCAGCGUGGCUUUUGCCGGAUACUGAAUCAGCCACUAAGUAAGAUGUGCUUCUAACUUUUAUUUCAGUGCAAUCUUAUAUGAUCAACAAGUAUACUUUAAGAUGGUUACUUUGUAUGAUUAUGAGACGUACGAAGUAUCACAUUUACUAGUUUAGAUAAUCUCCGAGUAUUAAUGUGGCAAUUGUUAUGGAAGAAAGCUCUUUUGAAGAGGAAGAAGAAGAGAUAGACAGCUA